AUGUGGUUAAGUUUGGUCAUGGUGGUGGUGGUAUACUGUUGUGACUCCUCAUUGGUGGGGGGAUAGUUGGACUGUGAGACCUACCCUUAUAGGUGACACGACCCUCUAUACUUGUCCUGUACCACGUGGGCCUGCGUUCAGGGUGAAGGGUGUUCAAGCUAGGUUGCUGAAAGUACAAAACACUAAAUUCAAAUUUUUUAACUUUUUGCAUUUCCCAACGCAUGAUGCUACAUUGACAGGAAGGAUUUGAAGGGUCUCAAUUUGCAUAUGCUAAGCUGAUAUACUGGGAAAUUUGCUCGAAUUCUAGGUACAAGCUCCUCGUAGAAAAUUCCGUUCGUGACUCAAAUUUUAGUGCUCUUUAUUAAUGUCAACUGAUGCGGUAAUUGUGCGCACAAUUCACAGCAGGAAGAGAUAUAUCAUUAAGUUUAAAGCAUAUCAAUAGUAGAAUAAAUCGAUAAAGCACACCAAAUGAUCUGGUAGAAGUAGUAAACAGGUAAGCAUAAAUUAUAUACUGAGGGUUAAAAUAUAGUUAUGUACGUUGUUCCCUAAUUGUAUUAUCCACGAUUCUAUAACUAAAACGCCACUCACGAAAGCUUUAGCACUCUUAGUGAAUGUUGUGUUUGUUCCAGAACAAACGGUUAAAGACAGUUACAAGGACAGUGAAAACAUUGUUAAAAAAAUGUCGACCAGCAACUCAUCGAGCCAAGUUUGGGAUGGCUCUUCACAACUUGGCACAGCACAACAAGGACAUGGUCGUGGUAAUACACAACCUAUGAAUACACAUCCUACUGGUGGUGCUUAUUCCAGCGAUCAGAAUCCGCAACGUCCACGUCAAUAUACACAACAGACAAGCCAAAGAUCAGCAAGGGACCGAGAUCACGGACAAGCAAAAGAUCGCAGUGGAACCAUACCUGUCGGCAUGAUGUGCGCAGAAGGAUAUUUUUAA